AUGUCCACCAGGUUGUCGCAAGGUCCAGACUCUAGUAGCUCGGGCAAUGCGCGCGAAACAUCCGCCUCGGAACAAACCGAAGCCGAAAAACGACUUGCCCUCCAAGGCGUGAUCACCGCCUUGUGGAAAGAGGCUUAUCUCGGUCUUUGUCGAGUCUGGGGCCAUACAGGACCUACCCAUGCCACCCGAUUAUUGGAACUUUACGCUGGUGCAGGCAUGUCUGCCCGCCUGCUCCUGUGCAAAGGCAAGAACACUUCAGCCAUAAAUCAAGAUCUGGGCCUACUUGGGGUAGCCCUCGAGCAAAGUCAGUUGCAGGGCUUGAUACUAUACAAAGGGUUGCCUACCAGCUGGCUCGAAUCCGUUAUUGAGAUCCUCGAGGCGUACAAGCGCCAGGUUGCCAGCCUCAAUGAACUUUAUGGCAUUUUACGCAAACUCCAAGUUGGCUUCAGACAACCUACACUAGAAGAUGAGAAUCGGGUUCUUGAGCAGUUUUCUCCGGCGGCAGAGAAUCUCGCAAAGCGACUACUGCACCUCGAUGCUAGAAUGAAGAUUCUUCGGUCUGAGUUGUUUGACUGGGAUUGGGGGUAUGAAGCCGGAAGUAAUCGUUAUGAAAGAUUAUGGCUCAUGGAAAAUCAAGUCUUUGAUUGA